AUGCGGCAAAAGGUUGCUAUAGCAACAGCAUGGAAUAGAUUAGAUGAAGAAAAGCAAAAAGCUAACAAAUAUACAAUGAUAAGUGCACAGUGGUCAUGUGAUUGGGUUAAUGCCGACUAG